AUCCGCUACAUUGAGGCAUGCGCUCCUUGUCACUGGUAGAAAGUCAGGUAUUAUUUGGCGCAAUCGUGGACGGGCUGCAACGUUUUCAGCAACGUGGAUGCUCGGGCUUCUAAACCGUGAUGUAAAGUGGACAAUUUACUGAGGACAUCCACAAAAUGAAGACACUAGUGUGCCAUGGGGUUAUCGGCAUUAUCGUUAUUACCAUGGGUACCAUUCUUAUGGUUGUGUACAACAACAGCUUCGCCGACACGUCAGAGUUUCACUCAGAGAAGCCCGGGAAAGCGCAAGCUAAACCACUAAGAGUCCUAUCAUCAACUCUAGAGGGCUACACUGGACUCAUCAAUCAACAGCCUCUGAGGAUGCACUGUAACUGCUGUGCCCUGGUGUCCAGCUCGGGCCAUCUUACCGGCAGUAACCGAGGGGACGAAAUUGACCGCACCGAAUGCGUCAUCCGCAUGAACAAUGCCCCGAACGGAAACAAUUUCAAACAGGAUGUGGGCUGGCGCACUAGCCUGCGCGUCAUCGCCCACUCCAGCGUGCAGAGGGUGCUGCAGAGACGGCAGGAGCUACUCAACGCCAACCAGGACUGUGUCUUCCUCUUCUGGGGACCCACCAGCUCCAUGCGGCGCGACGGCAAGGGCAGGGUCUUCAACAACCUGCGUCUGAUCAACCAGCUGCUUCCCAAGCUCAAGGUCUACGUCAUCUCCCCCCUCAAGAUGCUGGAGUUUGACGUGCUCUUCAAAAAUGAAACGGGAAAAGACAGGAAGACCUCUAACUCGUGGCUGACCACUGGCUGGUUCACCAUGGCCAUUGCCCUGGAACUCUGUGACAGGGUCAAUGUCUAUGGCAUGGUGGCUCCGGACUUCUGCAGUACUCCCUCUCAUCUCUCGGUGCCGUAUCAUUACUAUGAGCCCUCUGGCCCAGACGAGUGCUCCCUGUAUCUCUCCCACGAGCACAACCAGAGCGGCGGCCACCACCGCUUCAUCACGGAGAAAACAGUGUUCGCCAACUGGGCCCAGAAGUAUGACAUCCACUUCUACCAGCCAGACUGGAGCCCGUCCUCCACUCUCAAAGGAAGCAGCUCACACACACCUGCUCCAGCUGUCUCCUGAUACCAGACAGACAGUCAGACAGACAGACAGAAAGGUCCACAGGACCAGUGGCGACCCGUCAUUCACGGCAGGUGGGGAAGAGCCCCACCUGUUUUGAGCCCCACCU